AGUAGCAGCAAUCCUGCUCAGACCAGACCCAAAAAGGGGGAGGAGAAGGCAGGCCAGGGACACCGUGAAAUUGCAUUAAACAUGCCAUUCUCCGCUCUGUGCACUUUCACGCCAUCUGAAGUUUUUGCCGACUGGAUGUCUAGUGCUGUUUUGGAAGUCUCGUUCCAGCAAACACGUGAAACGCUUGACUUUUAAACGUCUCAUUUCACAAACGAAUACGUCGAGGUCACGAUUAUUACUGCAAGAUCAGAAUUAUUUAAUGAGCGUCUACUCUUGGAAAAAAAAACCUCGGGAUACCUUCUUGAAUUUUAAUUUGUCCGGAGAACUACGCUUGAGAAACUGAAUAACCCAAGAAGCGUCAAAAUUGAAGGAGGAAUUAUUGCCAGCCUGAUUUGCCUCGGAUAUCUGAGACUGUAGAAAAUGAACCAUUGGGGAUUAUCUCUUUUUCUGGUCUAUACCGUAUGCCUUUAUACAAACAUCGCUGUUGAAUCAGUCCAUGAUUAUUAUGAGUAUGAUCAAGAUGAAGGAGAUAUCAAGGAACACACGGAGGCAGACCUAGAACAGCAGUUGCGUUCUGCGGCGAGCGUGGACGAGCUGAUGAAGAUAGUCUACCCAAACUCUUGGACUAUGCUCAAGUGUCGCUCGAAGCGGGGAUCGCGAUUGGCCGGCAGAGAGCGGUUCUCCGCCGAGGCGCGGUCCGAGGAGCUCCCGGCGUUCGCCGCGGCGUACUUCAACUUCGAGAUUCUAAAAAGUAUUGAGUCAGAGUGGAGAAAGACCCUGUGCAUGCCUCGGGAAGUGUGUUUAGAUGUGGGGAGAGAGUUUGGGGCGGCUACAAACGUCUUCUAUAAACCACCCUGCGUGUCUGUCUACAGAUGUGGAGGCUGCUGCAACAGCGAGGAGCUUCAGUGCAGAAACCUCAGCACCUCCUACAUCAGCAAGACGCUCUUUGAAAUCACCAUACCAGUUACACAGGGGACGAAGCCCGUCACCGUGAGCUUUGCCAACCACACCUCAUGCCGCUGCCUGUCGAAGCCGGACGUUUACCGACAAGUGCACUCGAUCAUAAGACGGGCGCUACCAGAAUGUAAUGUGGCAAACAAAACAUGUCCGAAGAAUCACGUCUGGAAUAAUCACAUGUGCAGAUGUGUGCAGGAGCAUGAUAUCACAGCACCCUCACAGAACUCCAGAUCAGAAUCCCUGGACGAUGGCAUCUGCGGCCCAAACAAAGAGCUGGACGAGGAGACGUGCCAGUGCGUGUGCAGAAGGCACCAUCGGGCCUCAAGCUGCGGGCCCAACCAGGAGUUGGACAAGCACUCCUGCCAGUGCGUGUGCAAGGCUCCGCCCGUCCCCUGCGGACCCAAUCAGGAGUUCAACAGGGACGCCUGCCAGUGCACCUGCGCCAAGGUCUGCCCCCGGCACCAGCCGCUCAACCCCGGCAAGUGCGUCUGCGAGUGCAACGAGUCGCCCAACAAGUGCUUUCUCAGAGGGAGGAGGUUCCGCCAGGCCACAUGCAGUUGCUACAGACCACCGUGCGAAGUACGGAGGAGAAAGUGCGAAGCUGGAUUUUACUUCAGCGAGGAAGUGUGCCGCUGCAUACCGACGUACUGGCGAAGGCAGGACUGAAGGUGCGGACGCAGUGCGACAAAGUGGUCAAUUCAAAGACGCUAAAAUUAUGGACCUGCGUCAAGGUUGCGAACAGCCCAAUGGACACAGAAUAUGUGCGUCACCAUGGCAAUUUCUGCCAUCGCAAGUAUUAAGAUGGACCCGAGCGUCACGUCAUGAACUUUCUGAAGACUUAAAUAUUGGGGAGAUAUGAAAAGGCACAAACCUUGUAAUUUUAAUUUUUUUUGUUGUUUUGUUUUGUUAUUCUUAUUUGUCAGAUAAUGAUUAUAUAAUUUAUUGCCACUAAAUGUUUUCCACAUUCUUGUUCAUAGCAAUUUCAAUCUUUUCAAGAAAAUACACUGUGAUCAAUAUUUUUGUAUCAUGUGAAGUACCUUUAAAAUAAAAUAUAAUGUUGUAUUAUAUAUUGCUAACUUAUUUGUAAUCCAGAAUGGGAUUAGAGAUGUAAACACACAUCCCUUGUUGUACAGGCAGACAGUAUUACACAGUAACCUAAAAUGGAAAACAUCAUUUGUUCUUCAAAAUGUGCGCGUUAAUAGAAAGCUCUGUAUAGCGUAUAAUCCACCCAGAAAAUAUUUCCUCGACACUAGAAAGCAGGAAUAUGUAGGUAAAUAUAUAGGUUCAUAAAACUUUUACAAUUUUUACAGUUCUGUGUGUAACUAAUGCAUAUUCAUAUUGGACUGAGUCACUCAUGACAUGCUAAAUUUUGAGCUUAGUCGUGGUACUGGACGACAUGUUUGUGUACUAGAAAACUACAUUUCCCAGCAAAAUACAUUUAACUCUCACAUGCCAGGAUUGGAUGAAGUGGGUUGUGAUUUGAACGUGUGACAGUCAGUGAAAGAUGGUUUAGGACCUCCCAAGAUGCUGCCAUGGCUCCCAUAUAGCCUGAGACACGGCAUGCCUAAUGAAAAAGUCAAGCGAGAAAGAGAGAAAACUAAAGAUGAGGAGAACAGUACAGUGAAAUUCCCAGUGGAGAAACUCGUCCAAAGUGAAGGGGUGGAAGUGUGUGGGGGUGCCGUGUGGAAUAUUGGUGAGGAUCCUGCAGCUGUUAUGGAGGCCUAACCGGACCGGACACAAUGAAGUCAAAGCUUAACCAGCCCUGCACAGUUGGAGAAACACCUGAAUGGCGUGACGUAACUCACACGUUUGCAUGUGCCCAUUUACUCUUAUUUUUAUCAUGAAAAAAAAAGAUCUGUGUGAUAUACUGGUCUGAACUCCCUGAUCUUUUGAGUUUGUGAUUAUGAAAAAAAAAAAGAUAAAUUACGAUAAAUUAUGACAAAUUUUGGAAAUUCGUGUUCAUUUUGGAAAGUCAUGUUCAUUGCACACAGCGUCAAUUCUCAUAAUUUCCUGUGGAGAGGUGAUUCAUCUUGUCUAGAAAACCUUCUUUAUAGAAGAACAUCAGUGUAAUUCAAGGUAACGCACAGUGACAUGUAUGAUUGAGAUCAUGUUCCUGUAAUGCAAAACCCCAAAUGUUUAUUUUCACACAAAGAGAUCAUAGAGAGUUCAUUCAGUUUUUUUUUUUGUUUUGUUUUUUUGUAGAAAUUGUCCGAAAGAUCCUGCUUGCAGAUUGUUUCACAUCAGAACCUGGUUGUGUGACAUUGUUCCAAAAAUAAACAUCACAAAAAUUA